AUGCAGUAUAAAGAUUUCAACUCAACAGCUGAUUAUGCUCAAGGUCGAUUUGAUAAAAUUCAGGCAUCCAUUACUCCUGCUACUGCCGCCGCUACUGUUACCACACCAACUACCAGCACUCCUCCAACUUCACCUUCUUCUUCAACGUCACCACCAUCCCCACCACCACCUCAAUCAUCGCACAUCACAUCACCACCUGUGACACAAUCUGCUGCAGAUGUUGAACAUUUAAAUCAAAUUAAUCAUUUUUUUGAAAAUCCAACAAGUUUAAUACGUUUCUAUCGUGGUGGACUAAUCAAUGUCACUAUCCUCAUAGGAUUAUUUGAUCGAUAUACCGGAGUACCAUUGAUUGGUGUUAUUAAUCAACCAUUUUAUUUAAUUGAUUUAUCAGAAAAUGAAGUUGAUACUUUUCCUAAUUAUGGUCGAAUAUUUUGGGGUAUUCAUAUAAUGAAUUUAGAAACCAAUUCAGUGAUUAUAAAUAGCAGAUCAAAUAAUUGUCGUUCACAUCAUGGCUUAAUCAGUUCAUCACCACCAGGUCAUUCACAGUAUCCAAGACAUCUACGUUUUCCAGACAAUUUUUUCGAUGUUCUCUGUCCAGAUAGAGUGUUCAGUGAAGGCAAACCGAUUUUAAAACUUGCUUGCAGUUCAGUGGAGUUUAGUCGAUUGACUAAUUUAUUUCAUGAUUAUAAAGAUGAAAAUCAAGAAUUGGUCAAUGUUGUCCUGCUGUCAUCAUCUGGAGCAGGUUUUAAACAGUUAUGCGUUAUAUUAGAUGAAGUUGAUGCAUUCAUUUUAAUGGAACCGAAUACAUUUGUCUGGGAUACAUGUGGUCCGCAUACAAUAAUUUCUUCAUUAGGCGGUGGUAUUAUCCAAUUGAAAUCAGCUUUAGAAUCAGUUAAAGCAUCAUUACAAUCUAUGCCAAACAAUUUGGAUAGUGUCAGACAAAUAAUAUUGAAUAAUUUGUUCAAAUUUCAAAUUACUUAUAAUAAAAUUAUAAAAUCAACGCAAGAGAUUCAGACUGUCAAUUCAUCGAAUCUCUCCAAAUGUUGUAAUCGUCAAGGUCUACUGGUGUAUAGAAAUCCAAUGUUAGCUAGUCAAAUAUUAGUCCAUAUCGCAUUGAAUCAGAAAUAACAAUAAGAAGUAGAAUAAGACGGUGAAGAGUAGGAGCAGGAGGAGGAGAUGGAAUUCAUUCUGAGUAGAAUCUGAACAAAAAAGAAACCAAAAGUAUCCUGUGAUCAUGUAACUAACUGUCAACUCUCUACAUAUAACAAUGCCUUCCUUAUUGAAUCUCUCCUCUGCAUAUUAUAUCGGUCAAUUUUUUUUUAUUUUCUUUCUACUUCGAAACCAACAACAUUCAGCAUGAUCAAAUAACUAACCAACCAACCAAUCAACCAGGUAACUCAUUCAAAGAUGACAGUGACCUUCCACACCUCCGUCACAUACACACACUAACACACUUGCAAACACACAUCAGUAACAUCAGUAAAUGUUAUCGAUAUUAGAUGAUUGGUAUUCACAAUAAUCCUCUUUUGAUAUUUCAUUUAUUUAUUUAUUUAUUUCAUUGGAAUAAUCCUAAAAAUUUCUCAACUUUUUUUCCGGGGGUGGUCUCUUCACUUUCAACUAUUUACUUUGUUCAUUUCUUGCACUCUCACUCACUCACUCAGUCAGUCACUAUCACUCCUUCCUUCAACACAUUCCCUUUUAUCAUUAUUAACUAUGCUGUUAUACAUAGUAGCCUUCAUUAAUAUGUUGAGUACGCCUGCUUCUCUUAUCUGUACACCUUUAAUUUAAAAAAAAAGAAAGAAAAUGGCAAUUCAAGGUAUAUAUUUGUGUCUUUCAUGCAAAUGCAUUUAUCCACUCUCUUUUUUCCAUACUUAGUUGAUAAUUUAUUUUAUAUUUAUAUAUUUAUUGUAUCAUCAGAUAUAUAUUUCCCUAAUUCUAUAAC